UUCGUUUGCACCCACCUCUAUAAAUAAAAUAAACAAGAUUCUGACAACAUGCCUCUCAAGUUAUCUGAUCCUGUUGUGAAGGGACUCCAGCAUUUAGGCACCGAAAUAAAUUUGGACAUCGCGAAAAAACUUAUAGGAAACACACUCAAGCAUAUACUUUCUUCCGAAUCAAGUGUUCCAUCUGUUCCGGAUAUUUAUGCCACAAACGCUGAUAAAGUAAAACUUAGUGAAUAUGCCGUAGUCACAAUAUUAUCUUUGGCCAUAAAGCAUAGUUGUGAUCCUUCAGAGUUUCGUGCCAUUAUGGAUAAAUACGAUAUUCAGCCUAUUGUCUUGGAGGAACUAGCGCGCAUAUAUGAAGAACAUCGAAGGGAGUUAACUUUGCAUCAAUUGCAUAUAGGAAGUGAUUUUCCGCACAUAACAGAUGUACAAUGGCGAAUAAUGGCAGAUGUUCGUUCAUCGACUUCCGAUUGCAGCUCUGGAGAAGUAAGCUUUCAUGUAAAUCUUGGGAGGUUUCAUGAAACGACCGGGGAUCGAGAGACUGUUGUUGAGUUUGUUUGUAGCACUGAAGAAAUGCAAUCUCUCAUUAAUAAGCUGAAAGAAAUUGAACGGCACUGUGAAAAAGUAGCUUCCGAGUAAACGCGUGAUACUUGUGGUUAUUGCCGAACCCUACAAAGUCCCUAUUUUUCGUACAGCCUAUGCAAAAAGUUAUCAAGAAUUUGAAUAGGUACGAAUGUUUUUGUUAUUUAUGGCAUUAUAACAAUUAUAUUCAACAAUUUUACUGAGCUUGAGGCCGUUUUUAAUGAAAAA